AUGCGACAAGAACAUUUGAACCGGAGAGAUUUGAAAGAAGAGCAGAUCCAUUGCGGAUUCAGGUGUGUUGCUGAUGCUUUCAAUGGUGGAGAAGAUCGUUGGCCACACGCUCGUCAACACCUUUACAACGAAAUUUCUAUGAAAAAAAUUUACGAGGAUGUUUAUGGAGGACGAGAGUACGUCGAUAGAGCGAGAAUUCGUAUCAUGCACACCAGAGGUCCUGCUCGUCGGGCACAUUGGAUGGAGUCUAUUGCUGAUUUGUAUGCUGUUGCUACCUUGUACAAUUCCGCUGUGAUGUACUUUACAGUGGGGGAAUCAGGUACUUUGUGGGGUUGCUGCACUAUUCUACCAUUGACUGCACCAGUCGAGGUCACACGACCAUGUUAUGAGUUUGUUAUGGUACACCUUGGAGCACAUAAUCAACACUACAUCCGCUUAUUCAUGGCUCCUAAUUUCCCGAUGCCUCCAAUUGCGGUACAAUGGUUUGAUUUGAGAGAUGAAACUGUAGUUGGAUGGGAGACUUAUUAUGCUAGCCGGAUUAAUUUAUGGAAUGUUCAUUAUAGCAAUUAA